CUGCCCAAUGUCGGAGGUGCCGGUGGCCGCCGCCGGCUCCUGCUUCGAGCCCCCCGCGGCUGGGGAGCCGAGAGGCUGCCGCUGCUCCGCGUCCGAGGGGGACGCGCAGGGCCGCCGCUCACCGUCUGUUCCGCCGCCUGAGACUCCAGAGGAUGAAGAUUCAGCCCCCAAACCAGCAUCUGCAUCCCAGACAGUCACCUCCUCAGAGUCCGAGGCCUCAGAGUGCAGGCCGCAGACUGGAUCACCUGUGAAUGUGCAUGCUGCAGAGGAUUCUAGAAAAAGUGAUGGUACAUCAGAGGACCAGGAAGUGGCCGGACAAGGAGAGAAGCUGGCUGACCAGAUCCAGCCCCCCAGGGAGGAGGCCAUAGUGCGGAUGACCAAGUACCGUGCCCCACAAGGACCAGGGGAUAUAGUCAUGAUACAGUCGGAACACACAGGUGCAGUGGAUGUCCUCUCUGCAGAGCUGGAGACUGCAGACCUCCUUGGUGAGCAGAGAAAAGCUCAGCCUCCUCCUCUGGCUCCACCCUCCACUUGGACCACUUGCAAGAUAAGGGAAUUUAAAGCCAAAAUGGGAAAGGAGAAGAAUGCUCGGUUGGUGGUGAAACGGGGUGAAGUAGUGACAGUCCGAGUGCCAACACACCCAGAUGGGAAGCGUGUUUGCUGGGAGUUUGCUACGGAUGAUUAUGACAUUGGCUUUGGGGUCUAUUUUGACUGGACUCCUGUCACCAGUACUGCCAUUACUGUGCAGGUCAGCGAAUCAAGUGAUGAGGAAGAUGAAGAGGAAGAAGAUGAGAUUGAAGGACUCACCCCGGUUGGAGAUGUGGAGAGGGGCUCUAAAAGCUAUCUACGAAACCGUUAUCGGGAGAUCAUGCCUGUGUACCGAAGGGACAGUCACCGGGAUGUGCAGGCAGGCAGCCAUGACUACCCGGGCGAGGGCAUCUACCUGCUCAAAUUUGACAACUCCUACUCCCUCCUACGUAACAAGACUCUCUUCUUUCAUGUCUAUUACACCAGCUGAAGGAGGGGAGGGAAUGGGGACGGCAGGCAGGUAACACUGCAAAACAGGCUGCCAUCCAGGACUGGCACCCCCUAACUGGCACUGCCCUAUGGCUGAGUCAGAGGCUUGGCUCUCUGCCCUCCUAGGGAUAAGAACAGGUUUUCCCCCAUUCCCUCCCAGCUUACUCACAGGAAAGGGUAGCUGUGGCUGCUCAAUUGUCCAAAGGCAACUCGUCUUGCUCUAAACUUCAGGAAGCUUGCUCUGUGCAGUCAUCAGGCUGGGACUUUUCAUUACAGCCAGUAAAUUAUCCGAGGGCAGAUUCAGGUGGCAGCAGUUUCUUUCUAUUGCACUUGUAUGAACUGAAGCUGAAAUACCCUUUUAUUUAAAUGGAAUACCAGUGGGUAAUUGCCAACCACACUCUGCUAGGAGGCAAAGCCACCUGUACCACAGCCACUCUCCAGCUGAAUCCUGUCUGCAUUGUUGUACUUUACACACUAGCCAAACCUCCAUUAAUCUCUGUGUGGGGAUUCAUCCCUCCAAAUACCUGAGUUGCAGCCUGCAUCCUCUGACCCAUUCAUGGUGGUGUAGUCAUGUCACAAGUGCCAGACCCAAUCACGUGAAACCUUUAUUUUCGAUCCUUGCAGAGGUAAUCAAUAGGAAGAUCUCCCAUAGAAAAGGGAAAGCAGGUGUGGAAGGGGAAGGUGGAUACAGAUCAUCCUGACUUUGGGGAUGUGUAAAAUUCCUGUCACCAACAAAAGUUUCUCUUACCUGUGGGGAAAAUUGAGCUGCAGCCUCUUGUGUUAAUGUAAAACUGUUAACGAUCCCAGGUCAACACACUUUGAAUCUGAAAAAUAUGGGAUCAGUCUUUCCCUUAUAUACCCCCCUGGAGUUAGUGAGUCCCUGAAGUCAUUGCUAACUAACUUGUUGAGGAAUGCAGCUCCCUGACCCACCUCAGGUUAGCAGUGGCAUUAGUGGUCAGCCUCUGCUCAGCCCUUGGCAGGAAUAAGCAAGGAUCACAUUAAUUUGUCAACAGAUGGGUUUUAAAGGGUAUUUAUUUGUAACUCUUCAAGAUUCGAAAUGAGUAUUUAUUUGAUUUUAUUCAAGAACCAUUUCCCUUCAAGGUAGCUGCUGAAUUUGCUCUGUGGUGCCUCUGUUUGGAGUUACUGAGUGACUUUGUGCAUGAUGAUUCUGGUGAAGUUCCAAUCUGACACCUUCCAGAUAUUGCCCUUCUAUGCAGAUAUAGCCCUCGCUGCAAAUGGGGUUAGUGUGGGGGUGUAUAAAGCCAAAGACUUCACUCUCCUAAGAUGCCCAAUAAUUCCCUGGUGAUUCCAUACCUCUUGAUUCAGGCCCUUCUUUUUAUCUGCUCUACCUACUUAAGCACUCGGGAGCAAUGGGUAAGUCAGGGAGGUAAGAGCUGAGGGAGGUGUACCAUUGAGCAGCCCAUGCCAGUCUGCUGCUUCUGUAGUAGUGGGUGCGGAGGACAAGGCAGCAUAGGCUCAGGCACCAACAUGUGCUCUUCUUUUUCAGGAAAGGAAGGAGGCAGGGAGCACAACUGCUGUUCUAAAAAGUAAGGAUGAGGAGCAGGGCAGCUCCUCCUUUAAGGGGCACAGAGGCAAGGAGGGAGCAGCUGCAGCUCUUUUUCCCUUCCCAGGAAGGGAGAGGGGAGUGAAGAGCAGAGUGGCAUGGAUGCCUGCUUCCUCCCCAAACCCUCUUGAAGUGCCAGGGCAGGUACCUUCCUCUUCAGUUGCUUCCUUCCACAACCUCUUCCCCAGGGCCUGAUCAAGGAACCCCUCUUUUACCUUGGCUCUCAACUUCCUAAACGCCAGAUGUGGAGCGGGACCCUGCCCCAUCCCUUAAAUAUUCUGCUUCUGACUGUAAAUCUCCAUGUUCCCCCACCCUGCUAUGUAAUUAAUCAGUGACUGCUAUGCAUUUGGCCUCUUGCUACAUAUUUUGGAGGGUCCUGCAUGCAUCUGAAAGAGGAGAGAUGUGCACUGUCUAGGCCACCAGCCACUGUCUGAAAUAGGACUUAGUAAAUAAGGAAGUCACACCUGACCUGUGUGUAUAGAUACCAGGUAUUCUAGAGACCGCUGAUGUCAUGGAUUCUCAUUUGGAGAGUUCUACUCAGGGCCAGUGUUUUAGAACUGUCUCCAGGAUAAUUUUGUUCCCCUUUAGCCAAUCAGACUGGUUCCUUUCUAGGUAAUUGGCAGCUGCUUCAAAUAGUCCUUAGCUAAGGUGGAUUGUACAGUAGAUGGGAGUGUUCAGUACUGGCCUUCUGAAAUAGACACAGAUCUUUCUUCUGAGGCUCAGUCCACUUAAUCAGAUUUGCCCCUUUCUUGCCUCCUUGAUUAAAGACAAAUGGUCCUUGUAUAUGGUGUGCAGUCCCAAGCUGGUAUAUGUGCCAGUCUUAUUACCUCAUUGUGUCUAUAGCCCUGUUUGCUGGUGACUGGAGUAAAAGGGCCUUGACACAUCUUCCUUCACUGUUGAUAUUUCACUAGAGUAGCUUGUAUUUCCCAUAAGUGCUAAAUGGCUGUAAGUGGAGAAUAUUUAAUCUACAAUAAUGAAAGCUUCACAGCUUCCAGAAUAAGUCACACUUUUCUUUGGUCUUUCAUUUCCAAGUUAUGUGAACAUAUUGGUGACCUUGUCACAUAGGUACUGAAUGAAAAUAUAUGGGUGACUGACUGAGAACCACUUAUCUUUGGAAUGAUGUCCACACUGUGUGCAACGGCAGUCAAAAAAGCAAAUGAGAUGUUAGGAAUAAUUAAAAAAGGAUGGAGAAUAUCUUAUUGCCCUUAUAUAAAUCCAUGGUAUGCCCACAUCUUGAAUACUGCAUACAGAUGUGGUCCCCUCAUCUCAAAAAAGCAUUAGAAAAGGUUCAGAAAAGGGCAACUAAAAUGAUUAGAGGUUUGGAAUGGGUCCUGUAUGAGGAGAGAUUAAAGAGGCUAGGACUUUUCAGCUUGGAAAAGAGGAGACUAAGGGGGGAUAUGAUAGAGGUAUAUAAAAUCAUGAGUGGUGUGGAGGAAGUGAAUAAGAGUUUAUUUACUUGUUCCCAUAACAUAAGAACUAGGGUCACCAAAUGAAAUUAAUGGGCAGUAGGUUUAAAACAAACAAAAGGAAGUUCUUCUUCAUUCAGCGCGCAGUCAACCGUGGAACUCCUUGCCUGAGGAGGUUGUGAAGGCUAGGACUAUAAUAAGGUUUAAAAGAGAACUGGAUAACCUCCAUGAAUUUAAGUCCAUUAAUGGCUAUUAGCCAGGAUGGGUAAGGAAUGGUGUCCCUAGCCUCUGUUUGUCAGAGGGUGGAGAUGGAUGGCAGGAGAGAGAUCACUUGUUAGAUUCACUCCCUCUAGGGCACCUGGCAUUGGCCACUGUUGGUAGACAGGAUACUGGGCUGGAUGGACCUUUGGUUUGACCCAGUAUGACCAUUCUUACGUUCUUAUGAGUGGUUUGCAGUCGUCACUAAUUGUUCAUAGUAAAGUCAGUAACUCAGCCUUUAGUCUUUUUAAGAUACUUUAAUCAAGUCUCUAGCAGAAAGCAUAUUCAGUUAGCAAGGAAAGGAUGCUGUAUAGCCAGUGGCUAUCAGCAGUUAUUUCCAUUCAGUGUAUGGCAUAUUAAGCCCCAGUCAGAUCAAAGGAAUAAUCUCCUCUCCUUGUCUUGCUCCUCGCUAAGCUACAGCUUCCUUGGUACCUCUGCCCACAAUACCUACUAGGCUUGUAUCCAGCCCUGGUACCUGUAGCUGAAGCAGUGCUGGGGAGACCUCCAUUCUAACUGCAGACACUGGGAACUGUCACUCCUGAGUCUGAGACGAAAAGUGAAUUCUGAAAUAGAUUCUAGUUUUGCAAGGAUGUUAGUAACCUAAAAAUGUUCACUUCAAGGAAAGUUCCUAACUUGUUUCCAUGGAGUGAUGCUUUUGUGUGUUUUCCUCUUAUAGUUUGUGACUAGAAAAAAAAACCCAAAAUCUAAAACCUCACCAGAGAAAAAAUUUGUAUAUUUGGCAAACAGUGUGUCUUCCUCCUGUGUGUGUUUUUUGUGACUGAAUGUGAAAUUAAUAACUGUUUUUUGUACAUUCAUCUGUAUUAUGAAUGUUACACACACCUGGGGGAGUUUACAUAGUAGUUUUUUAUGGCACAUUCAGCAAGGGAGAGUAUGGACAAACAUAGUUUUUUGUGCAGGUCCUACAUAAAAAGCAACUCUUGUACUUAAAUUUACAACAGUGGAGACUUAAAAUCUCCAGCAGAUUGUGAAUGUCAAAGGAAGCCAUAAAUUACCCACAACUUCUUCUUCCCUUCCCCAUUGCAAGAGUAUUGAGAGCAGUAGAAAUCCCGAUAGCGUGUAUUGCAUUUAGGUCAUGGAAUUAAACGCUUGGAGCCCAGAUCCUGUUUAAACUGAAGUCAUUGGCAAAAUUUCAUUGACUUAAAUGGUAGCAGUAGGUGGCCCUUGGUUUUCAGACUACCUGGAGGCCUGUGAUGUGGAUCCUUCUGAAGGGUUAUUUGUAGGGUUUUUUGCUACUUCUAGGGCAGACACUUCAGUAUUCAGGGCCUGUUGACUUCGUGGCAUUAUGUUAAGUCUCUUUGAAAUGUUAGAGCUGGGAUGAAAAUGCACAUUCAGACCUUGAGAGAGAGAGAAUUUAGAGGUCUGGUUUAGCUUUUUAUGUGGGAGUUGACAAGGAAUUGCUUAGGACUUGGUCUAUUCUAGAAACUAGAGAACUUCCUGACCAUAGCACACUGCCUCCUGUCGCACUGCCUAUGAACUGUGCACUUGCCUCCCUUUUUAAUUUUGUGUGUGUGUGUUUGUUUGAGAGAGAGAGCACGCGUGCGUCAUGAGGCAGCAUCAGUAGCCUCUAGUGGGUCAGUGUACAGAAACAAACUGUGGCUGGACUUGGGUAGGGAUAAGUUGGGAGCCAUGUUACAUGUCCAGUGGCUGUGCCUUGGUGGCUCUGGAGCAAGGAGCUCAUUAGAUAUCCUUGCAGGGUGGGGUUUUGGGAGGGAUCUCUAUUCUAGUUCACUUGCAUCCCAGUUGAAUUUUUUUCUUUUUCUCCUCUCCUUCCCCCAAAAGCCACUCCCUAAGGAUUUAUCAUGUGGUGCCUGGAAACAAGAGGGAGUGAAACCAGAGCCAUAGACUUUCAUUUACUUUCCUCAGACCCUUAAUUGCAAGGGUUUCCUCCCCCUCACUUCUCUACCUACCUUCCAAAUAGCACACCUGGAAGUUAGGCUGGUGAUCCCCUAUAGUCUGUCAUAGUUUCAGAGUAACUGCACUUGUAACCACACACCCCACUGUGGUCCACUCUAGGAGUGCCCAAUGAGGUCUCCAGCUGUCACCUGUCUCUGGGCAAGGACCCUUGUCCCACUCCCUUUUCACUGGGGAGUUUUAAAGCUGCACAUAUCCUUGCCUUACACUGAUAUCCCCAGCAAGGCAGUCUACCUAACAGCCAGUGGCUGCGUGUGUUGCUUUCUCUCUGAGGGCUCUGAACAGUGUAUUGCCAGCAGUUACAAGUUACCACACAGCUCUUUCUAAGCAAGCACCUUUAUUAAGGUAAAAGCAUUACAGAGAACCUAUAAAAACAAUAAAUUCUUAUACACAUGCUAAAAGCUUAUCGGAGGUUACCCUGAUCAGUCAAAGGGGGUGCUAUUAGGCCAAAGUCUUUCCAAACUUCUGCAAGGAUUGGGGCUUCCCUCAGAUAUAAGAUCCUAUCUGUUUGCAGGAUCAGAAAGGGGGCCUGAGUCAGUUUAAACCUAGUUUGUUUUAUAUCAAAAGCCCUUUGUCUGUUCGUCUCCUAGUUUGAACCAGUAAGUGUGCAAGCCUCCCCGGGGGUGGUAUCUUUCUACAGGUGUUUUCAACCUAAGUGAUUCAUCUUAAUCACCCCCACUAUUUUUGGUUCCUCAAGGGGCUGUGAUGAUCCUCCCACCUGAAGUUUCAUACAGUCCCUGGCCCACAGUGAUACAUAAACUUAAAACAAUAUGGUCCCCAAAGAUAUUGCAUGUAGUUGCAAUAUCUGUCAGUCUGUUCCUGGCAAAUUAAAACUGCCUUUUUUGAUUGCUUUAACUGAUACCCUCUCACCAAGGAGGUGAGGAUUACAACUGAAAGCCUGAGCUCUCUGGAACCACAGGGCCUUUGCCUUCAGUGUCUUUGCUACUACUGUGCAUGCAUAGUGGGAUGCCUAAGUGCUAUUUUUUCUUGAGGGAGUUGUAGAUGUGUGGAUGCCAAGGCAGUUACAAUGAGGAGGACUUGUGACAAUGCUAACCGAACACACAAAUAGCAGAUCUUGUGGCCACGCUCUAGUGGAGUGUGUGAAUCCAGAGUUGGAGUUAAUAUCUGCUGUGUACUAUGGAACUAGAUGAAGGAUCAAAGCUGCAAAAAUCUCUAAAUUUUAGAUGACUUGUUCUCCUUUCCCAUAUUUGUUAGAACCAUGGCUACAUGCUAUAAUGGGCAGUGCAUUGCUAGGCAUAUCCAUAUUAAGAGGGCAUGCAGAUCAAAUAGGGACAGUCAUUGAAAUUGUACCAUGGUAAAUUCAGAAUUCGCCUCCUUGACAAGAAUUUAGCAAGAUUCAAAGAGAGAUGGGACACUUAUGGAUUACAAGAAUGUCCAGGGUUAUUGCCGUAAAUACUAAAUUAAAAUGAAGUUCUAGAAGAGUUCAAACACCACACGCUUCAGGGCUCAAAUCAAUCUGUUACUAUCAGGAGUUGGGAGGAGACUGCCUGAAGGGACAGACUAUCCCCUUGUUUGCCUACUAUGGAGUUUCUUGCACCUUCCUCUGAAGUAUCUGGUGUGGGCUGCUGCUGGAAACAGGAUUCCAUGUGACAAGGUCUGAUCCAGUAUGACAAUUCCAUAUAUUCCGGUCUCCUAUUUACCUGUGACUCCUGGAAGUAUCAUCUGAAGAAAUGUGUACUCCUCUCCUGUCUGACAGUUUAAGACUCUGUAAUUCAUAUGGAAUAAGAAUCUGAUUUGUGAUUGGCUAGAAUGGAUGAUGGGUAAAAAUGAGACUCAUAGCUGGCAUCUAACAUCUCAGUCUAUCAUGCCAGCAGCUAUAGAGGCAUCGCCAAGUGACCACUUUGAAUUUUAGUUACUUUUGAAAACUUUCAAUGGUUGAAGGCAGCCUUCCAGAGGCCUCUAAGGUACCCUCAUGAUAGCAGUCUACAAGAUGGAAAGGCCAGUCCCCACCUCUUUGCAACAUGCCCCUCAGUAGCCUUUCAAUGGGGAAUGUCUUGUAUCUGGACACACCUUAAAGGUUUGUUUUUUCUUGAUCUGUGGUCUUUUUGUCAGUCCUCAUCUGUGUGAUGUGAAAUGUUUUUUUUAAUGUACUGUAGUUUCAGACUGGGUCAAGUUUUUGUAACCAAACUGCUGCUCUUUGCCUUUCCAAGGGAUUGUUUUUAAACAUUAAAAGAAUACUUUACCAAAAUGUGGCACUGAAUGUUUUGCUCUAUGGCCCAAAGAAAAGUCUAUAUUUCUAGUGUGCUUGCAUUUCCUUCUAGAGCUGGGCUACCGUGUUUAUAUUCAGUAUGGUGUGGCUGUUUUGUGACAUGUAUUAUUUGAGUUCCAAACUCUUUAAAUAAACUUCACUAUGCAA